AUGUAAUUACAAUAUAAAAUCGAUAUUAUUUUUUAUAUUGUAAUACAAUUUAUGCUGAACAAGUUUACUCUUUAAUUUAAGGACUAACUUCUUGAAGAAAAAUAUUAGGACUACUAAUUAAUAUCAAAUCGAUUACCGCUUUUUAAGCAUUUAACCCUUGGUCUUACUUUAGCAGGGAUUGUGCGUUUAUGCUAGAUAUUAAUUUAUGGUGGCUCGGUUAUAUGGCUUAUACCUGUUCUAUUUGUAGUUGGCGUUAUAUCUUUAGGAUCAUUUAUUAUAAUGAAAAAGAAAUAUCUGCGUAUAGCAUUAAUAUUCAUUAAUCAUUUGCUGAUAGUAAGUUCUUUGGAAGUAGACAACUAAUGUUCCCCACAUUAUUACUAUUUAAGAGGAGCAAGCAUGAUGUGUAUUCAUCUUGUAAUUUUAUUACAAAGCGAAUUUGUAGAUGCCUUUUUUUCACUCAUCAUUAUAACAACAAUUAGAUUGCUUACGAUUUUCCUUUAGGAUUCAAUAUUUCCUUACCCAUCAAUAAUGGCAGCAAUCCUUUUGAUAUUUUACCUAUUAUACGUAAUCUACAAAAAUAAUCUCGCCUUUAGAUCCCAAUUUCAAUUAUCCUGUUUGGACAACUAAUGGGAUUAAGCAAUUACAACUCUAAUUGAUGACCCUUAUCUGCUAAUUGAUUUCAAUCAAAACAAUUUAAUUUUAAUUUAAUUGCCAAAAUGA